GAGCCAGUUGGCAGCACUGUGGGUGACUUGUGUGUGUGUUAGUUAGAGCUGGAGAAACAUCUCAUCUGCUCGUAUGUGUUGUCGGUUAUAUGUGUGUGCGAAGUGAUUUUUUUUUAACGAAGCGAAAUCUAAUUGGAAUUAAAUAAUGCACAGUGAAAUGGCAAACGAAAUAAAAUAAAUAUUAAACGGCGCGUCGGUCGGGCUCCAAAAAAAGAGCUGCAUAUGCAGACAACAGGCGCUCUUCUUACAUAAAAGCUUCAGGCAAAGCUUAGUCUCUCACUCUCCUCUGUCAGUAAAAAGCCAAGGCAGCGGCAGCAGUGUAAACAACAAUAACACAAAGAGGGGAUAAACAGUUGGUGGUGCAGCUGCUGCUGCUGCUGCUGUCUCUGCCUCUGUCGCCGUCUCUGGCUCUGCCUCUGCAACCGUCUCUGGCUCUCUUUCGGCUGUCGAUACGAUGAGCGUCUUCAAUGACUUUCAACGUUUGUGGAUGCAACGAUUUCCACAAAGCUCUCUCUCUGAUGCCUGGGAGCAGGAUGUGCGCGCCAGUCUCGAGCGGCACAAGAUCAAAAUUGCUGAAUUGAGCAAGGAACUUGAGCAGGAGACACUCUAUGUUGAGUAUCUGGAGCGUCUACUUUCCGAUGUGGAGAAGUAUCGCGAAUCUGGCGGUGAUCCAACCACAUUAUUUGAGGCAGCUACCGGCAAUCCAGGUGCAACAACAACAACAACCACACAACAACAACAAUCGCCCAGUGGCAGCGGCAGCAAUCACAGCGUCGCUGCCAAUGGCGCAACUGCAACUGCAACUUCAGCUGGAACCGCAAAUACGGGCGUGGACAAAGACUUUAAAUCUAGUUUGAAUCUGCGUGAGGCAGCAAGUGCGUCAUCAGGCGGCAAGGACAAGGACAGACUGUCCCUGAGCACAGACAACAAAUAUACACACACACAGAAUGACAGUGGUGGUGGUGGUGUGGGUGGCAGUGGCUUAAGCUCUGCCCCACCCACUGGGAAGAGGAGCAUGACGGAGCACAGCUUCGAGCGUGAGGAUAAAAAAGACAGUGGCAAUGAGAAGGACUCAAAUGGAGCCUUGCAACAGUGCAUUACCGAAUUGGCGGCUUCCAUUGGCACCGGCGCACUUAAAGCCAACGAACAAAGGACACAGAAUGAUAACAAGCAGGAGGCAAGUGGAAGUUCUGGAGGAGAAGGAGCAGGAGGAACAGGAGGAGACAUUGAAAAGGAACAAUCAAAGCCGCUGCGCAAGUCGACAUCGCACUUUGUUACUGUCAUCGAGGUCAAGGAGGCCAAAGACAAAGACAUUGAUGAUUCCUCCACUUCCACAUCCACUUCCUCAGUUGCUGCCACAACGACGACGACGGUCAAUGACACGGCAACGUCGACGUCGACGUCGACGCCUCCAUCAACAUUCUCCCGUUAUCCGGAGCAGCGCAACAAGGCCGCAACGGAGGCGACAGCGCCACCGCUGUCGCCAUCGAUGACAUCGCCCGCCAUGUCCGCCUCCGCGGAGGCCAAAAAGAAAAUGCCACCCAGACCACCGCCAAAGAACGUGCGACGUGUGGAACCGCCCACCAUUCCCAGCCAGCAGCAUCCGCAUCAGCAUCAGCUGUCGUCGUCCCCGAAGAGGGAGACGCCCUACGUGGGCAGCACGAUGCCAUUGCCGAACAGUAGCUCGGGCGAGAGUCCGGCCAGUUCGUUGGAGCGUAAUAUAAAGCCAUCGGAUAUAUUGCGACAGAAGUCAUCGGAGAAUCUGGAGUCCAAGUAUGCGGCAAAUAGAAAGACAACGCCCGAGCUGAGCAAAUUGGCCAAUACGCCCGAAUUGAUGGAGGAGCUGGGACGUAAAAUGGUUGGCAAAACGGAUAGUUUGGAGCAUGCGAAGCGCUCGGAUGUCAUUGGCUCCAAUGGCACGGGCGGAAGUCUGGGACGCACUGCAUCAACGCCAGGACGUGCCCUGACGCCCGCCGGACGCGGUCCCGUCGGCGCCUCCCCAACCGGCAGCCUCAACAAGACCGCCAAGUUCUCCGCCGCCGACAGCAGCUCGACGAGCAGCCUGGAGAAGAAGUCGCGCGCCUCCUUGCAGGCCAGCGAUGCGGAGACUUCGGCGGCGGCACAACGCAGCGCGGGAUCCAAGGAAUCCCUCGCCUCACAAGGCAUAUCGGAAGUUAUCAAGAGCUACGAGUCGGUGUCGUCAUUGAGCUCGGACAGCGCGAAGGCGGCACAGCAGGCGGACAAUGAGCCGUAUUAUGAUAGCGUGCCAUUGGACAAUGGCGAUGGCGAGUAUGUGUUUAUCAAGCCCGGACGCACUGGCUCCUCGUCCAGUCGCGAUGAUCUGUCGACGCCGGGCAGCACAUUGCCCAUGGCCCAGUUGAGCAGUCAGGCGAGUGUCACGGAUCCCGAAUCUCCCGGCCGUACCUCCAACUAUGUGAACAUUGAUUAUUUUAUUCAGAGCAAUGAGACGCGCUCGAGUUCAUUGGACAGCGAUGGGGAAUACGAGGGUCCGCCCAUAUUACGUACCAUAUCACACGAUGAACAACAAUCGACAUCAUCAACCACAUCCACAUCACAGACGCCUGGAGCAUUACGCAAGAACUUAGUUUCAGCGAUACUCCUCUCUGGCAAUGCGCGUGGCGCUAAAAUACGUUCCAUACUGAGUUCCAUUAUACACAGCGAGACGAUUUAUGUGGAGUGUCUGAACAAGAUGACACAGUACAAGCGCGCAAUACACGCCACAUUGGGCACAUCACAGCCUGUGAUCAAGGAGGAGGAGGAGAAUACGAUCUUCUUUAAAAUCGAUGAGCUGCACGAGGUGCACACCGCCUUUCUGGGCGACUUGAAGACAAUUGUGGCACACGAAGGAGGCGAUGUGUUGAUUGGGGAACCAUUCAAGCGAUUGGCCGACAUGUUUGAUUUGUAUAAUGCAUUUCUGCAUAAUUAUGGUCAGGCCAUUGAUACGGUUAAAAAGUGUAGUGCCAACAAUCCGCAAUUCAAGAAGAUUGUCUCCACAAUUGUGGUCAAUCUGCAAACGGAACAAUCGCUGACAUUGGAGGAUUUGUUGCACAAACCGGUGGCAAGAGUGCAAAUCAAUGCGCUAGUGUUUAACGAUCUGUUGCGUGAGACGCCGCCAAAUCAUCCGGAUCAUCAGCCGUUGCGGCAGGCGCAAAAGAACAUACAGAUCUUUCUGAAUCAGUUCAAUGUGGUCAAUCAACGUCUGCCGUCGGAAUCGAAUCGCAAUUUGCGUCGCAUGGUGCGCAACUCAUUUAUUGUGGAGCUGGUCGAUGGUCAUCGCAAGCUGCGGCAUUUGUUCCUCUUCAAUGAUGUGAUCGCGUGUGCCAAGUAUAAGGCAUUGGGCAGAGAUCGCAUCGAUUACGAGCUCAAAUGGUUCAUACCGCUCAAGGAUGUCAAUGUGUAUGAGGAGUCGGACACAAGUGCCGAUCUCAAGGAAUCUAGUCCCGCGAACAUAUCGCAAGUUAAACGCAAUCUACGCUCCGUUCGCGAUCAGUUAGUAUUGGAGUCAAAUGGUGUACGCACUGGCGACAAAUAUCGUCGCAAGCUGGCCGAUCUUGAGUCACAGCUGGUGCUGGCCACGCCCAAUCUGGUGCUGCGGCUGGGCAAUAAGGCCAACAACAAGACCAUGACCUUUUUCCUCAGCUCCGAUUUCGAGCGCACACAAUGGAUGGACUCGAUAAUGUCGCUCAAGCAAAAGUGUAAUCUGCCUGGAGCCAAUACGAUCAACUCGCUGGAGGUGACCGCCUUCAUAGUGGCCAUGCAGAAGGGCAUGAAGACUGAAAUGGGCUCCUAUCUGAUGAGGAAUACGAACGAUGAGAGUCUGCUCGUUGGUGAUCUGCACAUGGGCAUUCAGGGACUGCAGGGACUGGAGCAGCCAACCGAUCUGUAUAUAUGCAUUGAGGUCGAUUCAUAUGGACAUUAUUUCCGCAAGGCAACCACCAAGAUGAUCUGUCGCAGUCAGUGUCCCUUGUGGAAUGAGAGUUUCAUGCUCGAACUGGAGGGCAGUCAAAAUGUGCGAGUGCUUCUAUAUGAAGCCAAGGAACGUCCGCUGCUGCGUGCCAAGCAUAUACUCAAGCUGAGUCGCAACUGGCUCACAGAGACGACACAGACACGCAACAUUAAACUGAGCGAGACGCUGGAGCUGAGCGCCAGUUUCCGUUUUGUGCCCGGCGAGCUUUGUCGAGCCACCACCAAGCCGGGUGCGCUCUUUGGUGCCAAAAUGAGUCAAGUAUUAAAACGCGAGAGACGCGACAUUCCGUUCAUCAUCAGUGCCUGCAUCCGGGAAGUGGAGCGACGUGGCAUGCUGGAGGUUGGCUGUUAUCGUGUCAGUGGCUCUGCCUCGGAUCUGGCCAAGCUGAAGAAGGCAUUCGAGUCGGAUGCCUAUGAGGCGGAGCAGCUGUUGCGGGAGGUGGACAUCCAUUCGGUAACCGGUAUACUGAAGACAUUCUUGCGUGAGCUGCCGGAAGCACUCUUCUCCGAUUUGUUAUAUCCGCGCUUCUUUGACACAUUUAGUGCGUUUAGCAACAAUAAUGAAGCCACACGUAUCAAUGAGCUGCUCAAGGUGUACGAGGAGCUGCCACAAGCAAACAAGUCCUCCAUCAAUCUGAUACUCGAUCAUCUAAUCAGGGUGCACGAGAAGGAGACGGACAACAAGAUGUCGCUGCAUAAUCUGGCCAUGGUGUUUGGUCCAACACUGUUGCGUCCGGGUCAGACGCAGGUAAAGCAAAAGGAUCCUCUGGCGGCCAGCACUGUGGAUGUGAUGGCACAGGCGGGCAUACUCUAUUGCUUCCUGCAGGCGCGCAUUAAGAAGGAUUAAAGACGAAGCCGAAGCGUUAUUUACUCUACAUAUACACAAGCAAAUAUAUUUAAAUAUAUAUGUAUAACUAUGGCCUAUGCUUGAAGCGCUCACAAGUCCCGCUCACACACACACACACACACAGCUAUACACACACACACACAUGAUGUACAUGCGUAGACAAGUGUUCAACACUGUUCAACACUGUUGCUGGUCCUAGUCCAGGCAUUUUUCCCCAAGGCUUUUAGCUGCUUUGCUCGUAUACUCGUAGGAAAACAAAAGAAACAACAAAAACAAAUGAGCUAUAUGCUUUAUCUACACAUACACAACAACAACAACAUAUACACAAUAUAUAUAUCUAUUAAUAUAUAUAUAUAAAUAUGCGUAGAUAAAGAUGUCCUCUUCUCCGCACAUUGCAAGAAUUGCAUCGUUAAAAAAAGCCUGCGAGAAGAGGCGUUGAAAGAGAAUCAGAGAAAAGAGAAUGGCAAAUAUUUUUCAAUAUUACGAGUGCACACAUAUACAUAUGCAUACUAUAUCUAUAUACUAUAUAUAAUAAACUACUAAUUAGUAUACUAUACAUAUUACUAAAAACAAAAUGAAAAUUGUAUCGUUUGCGGAAUGAUAAUGUUGAUGAUUAUGCUGUAAUGAUGUAAUGAUGAUGAUGAAGAUGAUAUAUGUAUGUGUAUGCUUAAAAUAUUCUGUUUUUUUUUUUCGUCUUGUUUUGUAUUAAUUACUUAGGUUUUAUAUAAACAGAAAACGUAAAAUAAAGUAAAAUAUAUUCUAUUUAGAAA